UCGUUAAAGGCGCAGGAUUCACCUUGGAUGAGUCAGUCGAAGCGCUAGCGUCCAAUCUCGCACACCUUGAGUUCAACAAGAAAUCCAAUCCAACAUCGCCAUGAAGCCGAUUAUUUCAAUCCUGUUUGCCUUGCUCCUUGUGACUGGAACCAUGUGUGGUCCAAUCACCAAGGAGACGUUCCACUUUCAAACUCAAAACACGGCCCAUUGUCUGUCCAAAGACCCAGAACUCAUUCUGGAUAUGUACCAGAUCUUGCCUGGAGGCAAUGAGAAGGAUCUGUCGAAUCAGGCCAUGAUCAUUUAUGAAGCCACUAAGGACUUGAUUCCUCACUACAAGGUUUGCUUUUGCCAAGAUUAUGGCGUCAAUUGCAAGAUCCUCGAUGGAGCCAAUCUUUAAAUUUCAAAUCCUGACAAAUCUACCAAAGCCAAAGUGCCAAAUCACGUUAUUGUUUGUUGACAAAUUAUCAAUCUUAAAGCCAAAUACAACCAAUGUUACAGUCAUCUUAUCACUCUGAAAUGCACGUCAUAAAAAUGACAGAAGAGGUCAAUUACGGAAGAAUAUGGAUAGCUACGUUACAAAAAGUCAAGCUGUCGUGUUUAUAUGAUAUUUGCAUUGGAGAAUCCAAAUGCUUUUGUUAUUAUGCUUACUCUGUGUCCUACAUUUUGUCUUUUCAAGCUCGAUGAUCCGAUCUUCGAAAGAAAUAGAAAAUGAAAACAAACCUCUUAUCUUAUCUUCCAAGCUUUUGGAAGUCAUGUUGAUUGUCUUUGUGCUGGAGUCACGUUUUUGAAGCCAUGAUCAGAUUUAGAAGAGAAACCAAGGCCAAGGGACUUAUUUUAUUAUGUGCUAUUGCUUUGGUGUUUAUGUUUACAUGCCAAAUCGUGUUCAAACCCUUGAACAUCAGUGACAUUCCAGAGCUCAAGAAGUUCGCCCAGGAUUCUCAAAAGUGCGACCAGAUAAAUGCAACUUUCCCAAAGACAUAUUCUAAACUUAGAUGUGAUGGUUCCACAAAGUGGUUGAACUCAACCUGCUUCUCAGAUGCUAGUCUUUGGUUUCCAAUCUCGGAUGGUGCGAUUGACUGUUCCGGAUUCGUGUCUUCCACCAAUGACAUUAAUCGCAAUUUGUCUAUAGUAUUCAUCGGUGAUUCUAGAGGCCGACAAUUAUUUACUUCAUUCGCCGGAUUUUUCCAUAGUCAUAAUGAAUCGGUGUUAAUUCAAGGGAGUUCUGGGAAGACGUCUCUACGGUCUCUACCACUAUCGCACUUGAAGCUUCCGAAUUGGGCAACAGAGGGAGCGCUUCAGCAAGAUUUCGAAACGUUUGGAUGUUUUCGUGAGAACCUUUGCUUCCAUCUCCUUUUUGUGUGGGAUCCGUUGCUGGAGGAAGAAAAACAUGAAUUGGAUGCCAAAAUGAAGCAUCCUCAACCAGACCUAAUUCUGGUUUCGGUGGGAGUAUGGUACCUUGCAGAACACCGGAAGCGAAAUCACUUCGACAUUCUCUUGGAUAAACGAAUAUCUAUGCUCGGUGGAUUGACAUGGAAGCCAAAGGUGGUUAUUUAUCAAACAUUUGAAUCUCUAAGAUAUAUUGACGGCAUCUUUAACCUCGAGGACGUCCACAAAAUCCAAAACGAGACUAUACUAGUUCUUCAAAAGCAUGCUCAAACUACACUCAUGGAUUCUCAUUUACCCCUAUUCAGGAAGUACGUGGAGCUUUGUCAGAAAUAUCCCUUAUCAACCCCUGACAAGUCUUGGAAAUGUAAAGAAACCAACCAUAUGGGCUUUGUUGUCAUAGAUCAAGCUACACGUCUUAUACUUUCAUUUAUAAAUUGAUUCAGAAUUUA